AUGUUCUGGAAGUUCGACUUGAACACCACGUCCCACGUUGACAAGCUGCUGGAUAAGGAGGAUGUGACGCUGCGGGAGUUAAUGGACGAAGAUGACAUCUUACAGGAGUGCAAGGCCCAGAACCGGAAGCUGCUGGACUUCCUGUGUCGGCCACAGUGUAUGGAGGAGCUGGUGAGCCUCAUCACACAGGACCCGCCCCUGGACAUGGACGAGAAGGUCCGCUUCAAGUACCCGAACACGGCCUGUGAGCUGCUGACAUGCGACGUGCCGCAGAUCAACGACAGACUGGGUGGGGACGAGACUCUGCUGAACCUCCUCUACGAUUUCCUGGACCACGAGCCGCCUCUCAAUCCUCUGCUCGCCAGUUUUUUCAGCAAGACCAUCGGCAGUCUCAUUGCAAGAAAGACGGAACAGGUGAUCGUGUUCCUGAAGAGGAAGGACACGUUCAUCAGCCUGGUCCUGAAGCACAUCGGCACCUCGGCCCUCAUGGACCUGCUGCUACGCCUGGUCAGCUGUGUGGAGCCAGCUGGGCUCCGGCAGGAAGUCCUGCAGUGGCUCAGUGAAGAGAGGGUCAUCCAGAGACUCGUGGAGUUGAUCCACCCCCGAGAGGAUGAAGACAGGCAGUCCAACGCUUCCCAGACGCUCUGUGACAUCGUCCGGCUGGGCAGGGAGCAGGGCGGCCAGCUGCCUGAGGCCCUGGAGCCGGACCCCCUCCUCGCAGUGCUGGAGUCGCAGGACUGUGUGGAGCAGCUUCUGAGGAACAUGUUUGACGGGGACCAGACGGAGAGCUGCCUCGUCAGCGGGACGCAGGUGCUGCUGACCUUGCUGGAAGCCAGGCGGGCUGGGACAGAGGGCCUGGUGGACGCCUUUUCUCAGGGAUUGGAGAGGCUGUGCCCCAUCAGCCGCAGCGUCCUGCACGGCAUUGAGCCCAGGCUGAAGGACUUCCACCAGCUCCUGCUCCACCCGCCAAAGAAAGCCGCCAUCCUGACCACCAUCGGCGUGCUGGAGGAGCCCCUCGGGAACGCCCGCCUGCACGGCGCCCGCCUCAUGGCGGCCCUGCUGCACACCAACACGCCCAGCAUCAACCAGGAGCUCUGCCGGCUCAACACCAUGGGCUUGCUGCUGGACCUGUUUUUCAAGUACACCUGGAAUAACUUUCUGCACCUCCAAGUGGAACUGUGCGUGGCUGCGAUUCUCUCCCACGCCCCCCGGGAGGACAGGGCUGAAGCCGGUGGCCCCGAGAGUGGGGACGCGGAGAGCCCGCUGCCUGCUGCCAGCCACGCCGAGAGCACGAUGGUGACCCACCUAUUUCAGAAGUGCUGCCUGGUCCAGAGGAUCCUGGAGGCCUGGGAGGCCAAUGACCACACACAGGCAGCAGGUGGCAUGAGGCGCGGGAACAUGGGCCACCUCACCCGGAUUGCCAACGCGGUGGUGCGGAACCUGGAGAGGGGUGCCAUGCAGACGCCCGUCAGCGAGGUUAUCCAAGGGCUGCCUGCGGAUUGCCGUGGGCGCUGGGAGAGCUUCGUGGAGGAGACGCUGACGGAGACCAACCGCAGGAACGCUGUGGACCUGGUAAGCACCCACCUCCACCCCUCGAGUGAGGAUGAGGACAUGGAGGGCGUGUUCCCUAACGAGCUGUCCCUGCAGCAGGCUUUCUCCGAGUACCAGGUCCAGCAGAUGACGGCCACGUUCGUGGACCAGUUUGGCUUCAACGACGAGGAGUUUGCAGACCAGGACGACAGCGUCAACGCUCCCUUCGACAGGAUCGCAGAGAUCAACUUCCACAUCGACGCCGACGAGGACAGUCCCAGCGCGGCUCUGUUUGAGGCCUGCUGCGGGGACCACAUCCAGCCCUUCGACGACGAUGAAGACGAUGACAUCUGGGAGGACAAGGAGACCCAGUGUGCUGCCCGGGGCCUGGGCAGAGCCAGGUUUGGGGGCCCGCCCGCCGCAGAGAGCUGCCCUGAGAACGGCCGUGGAGACCGGGAUGGGGCGGAAGCCAACGGGGAUGUGGCUCCCGCAGAGGCUCCUAAGGCCUCUGCCCAAAAGGGCGGUCCUCAUGUGGAAGGUGGCUCAGAAGGUGCCACGUGGACAGCGUUUGAUGAGCCGGCGGGCCCAACCGCUGUCGCCCCGGGAGUGGCGAUGGACGUAGGCUCCAGUGUGUGGGCAGCCAGGGCUCCCAGCGCCACGGCUCUGGAGGAGAAAGGCUGGGCCAAGUUCCCCGACUUCCAGCCCUUCUGCUGCUCCGAGUCGGGGCCCAGGUGCAGCUCCCCGGUGGACAUAGGACCCAGCGAUGCCCAGGGCAGCCUGAGCCAGGGCCCAGAGAGAACCGUUGGCCCCGCCUCCCCGUGUGCCUGGAAUGUGUGUGUCUCCAGGGACGCCCCUCUGGUAGCCUCCAGCAGUGACGAGGACGAGCAGAAGGUGGCUGUCGCCUCCGAGGCUAUCAGUAUGGGUCCCGGCCAGGAGGCCCCCUCACUGCCCACGCCCGUCCCCAGGGCUCCCAGCACGCUGCCAGGUCCCACCUCCUCUGCACCUGCAGAAGCCACCUCCACCCUGGCGGGGGCUGUCCCCCCCAAGGCAGCCUCCACAGCUGUGAGCAAGGCCAGUCCUGCCCCAGCCCCCACAGGGGUGCUGGCUGUGGCAGUGCCCCCAGGGCCCUUGGUGGCCGUCACAACCACAGCUGCAGCCGGCCCAGCUGUUGCCACAGUGGCCGUUCUGGGGACAGUGACAAAGGACAGGAAGACGGCUGCCCCACCACCUGCAGGAGCCGCCUCCAAUGGCCCUGUGUGA